AUGAAAUCCAUUUUAAUUGUAUUUAUCACAUUUACUAUCAUAAAUUCAACACCAUUAACAUGCACAGAAGCUUUGACUAUUACAGAGUGUAAAGAUAUAAUUAAUGGAAUGUAAUAUUCAUAUAUUUAUAUUAGUUAUGAAUGUAUAUGGUAUGAGAAUACAUGUUAAUUGAAAACCUGUUAAAAUUCUUAAAUUCCUUGUGAUGGAUAAGUUUAUAAUGGUGAACUCUGUACUACUAAUAGAUAAGGAUGUUAAUCAGUAAAAAAUUGCUCAGAUAUUGACAAUUAAUAAUCAUGCUCUUCACUUAAACCAUAUGGAAUAGAAUGUUAUUGGUAAGAUUCAUGUAUAGUUAAGAAUUGUUCUCACAAUUCUAAAUCAAAUUGCAAAUUAACUAAUGGAGAAUAAUGCAUUUAUUAAAAUCAAAAUUGUUCAUCAAUUAAUAAAUGCACUGAUAUUAUUGAAAAAUCAAGUUGUUUGGCUUCUUAAAUUCUCAAAUUAAAUUGUAUAUGGAUAGAUGAUCAAUGUCUUACAGAUUCUUGCAAAGCCAUCUAAUCUAAAGUAUUUAUUAAAUAUUAUAAAAUUAGGAAAAUUGUUUUAAAAGUAUUAGAAAUUCAGAAAAAUGUUUUUUCACUCAAAAUAGAGAUGAAGAUAAUUAUUGUUUGAGUUGUUCAUAAUUGAAUGAAUAAUGCAAAUGUAAUCAAUAUAGUAUUUUUGGUUGUCAAUGGUAAAAUAAUUCAUGUCAAGAACUUUCAUUAAAACUUUCAUGUAAUGCUUAUUAGAAUGAAAUAUAAUGUGUGGAUGAUAAAUAAUGUGUUUGGUAUAAACCAAUGAAUAAGUGUUUAACUAAUUAAGAAGCAUCAGAAAAUGAUAGAGCAUGCGAUAUUUAUAUAUAUGGUUCCAUUUUACAUAUUUGGACACUAAUUAUUCUAAUAAUUUUUUGGUGA